AUGCUGAACCUGAACCUAAUGAUUCUACACAGUGGUGGGUGGUACUUGAACCACAUCUUAAGCAAUGGUGCUGAUUUUACUUGUGUUGAGAAAGAUUUACUCGAAUCUCUAUGUGAGGAUCUUGAAAUCAUAAGAGCAUUCAUCAAAGAUGCAGAGGAAAAUUGCGAUGAAAAUGAAGAACUGAAAAUGUUAGUAAGACAUAUAGGAGAUGUGGUCUGCGAGGCAUUAGAUGAGUUGGACUCGUUUGUAGUUAAUGGCCAUACGCUAAAGGAUGAAGGUGUGGUUGGGGAAAUCGGUCAUCUCUUUGAUAAAUCUCCAAAGCCCAAGGGUUUUACAGAAGAAUUUAUGUCUCUCGAGGAAGAGAUUUUGGGGAUAUAUCAGAGCAAACUGUAUGGCAUCGGAGUACAAAAAUCUGAAUUAUCUUCAACUGGAAGUUUUGCAGAAGAGAGCAGUCCAACUGUAGAGGAAGAAACUGUGGUAGGCUUUGAUGAUGACUCAAUGACAAUUAUAGAGCGAUUAACUGGAAUACAUAAGCAACUAGAAGCUAUUUCUAUUGUAGGGAUGGGCGGACUUGGUUAG